UGAUUUUUGCUCAACGAGACUCCAUGCCAAAUCCAUGUCUGUUUUGCACCCUCUCACUCUGCAUCUCUCCAUCUCUUGAUCAUCAGUCCCAUCUCUGAAAUCCCAUCUCCAAACAGACCUGACGCUAGCCUCUCUCUGUUUUCCAUGGCCGCAAUUACAAGCUUCUUAUUCAAACCGCUCUCUUCUUUCGCCACCAUCCCUAAAAUCAACUCUCUCUGCUUCCAUAGUUCCUUUCUGCCCUUGGUGUCUGAUCCCAAGCCUCUGCCAAGAAAACUUUUAACAAGCCGAACACACUUUGUCACAAAGGCAGCAGCCGCAUCAGGUACUGAACAGGUUAAAGCUAAAGAUAGAGUAAAGCAAGUACACAGCAUAGAAGAAUUCGAUGAAUCCCUCAGAAUGGCCAAAAACAAGCUCGUAGUGGUAGAGUACGAGGACAGCCACAGUUACCGGAGCAGUAAAAUCUACCCAUUCAUGGUGGACCUCAGCCGGACAUGCAGCGACGUUGAAUUCCUUCUGGUAAUGGGUGAUGAAACGGGGGAAACUAGGGAACUUUGCAAGAGAGAAAAAAUUAAAAAAGUUCCGCACUUUAGCUUUUACAAGAACAUGGAGAAAAUCCACGAAGAGGAUGGUAUUCGUCCAGAUGUGCUCAUGGGAGAUGUAUUAUACUAUGGAGAUAACCAUUCUGCAGUGGAGCAACUGCAUAGCAGGGAGGAUGUGGAGAAAUUGAUUGAAGAUCACAAGGUUGAUCACAAGCUGAUAGUACUUGAUGUGGGGUUGAAGCAUUGCGGGCCAUGCGUGAAGGUGUAUCCGACGGUGGUUAAGCUCUCGAGGCAAAUGACGGAAACGGUGGUUUUUGCACGCAUGAAUGGAGAUGAAAACGAGAGCUGCAUGCAGUUCUUGAAGAAGAUGGACGUGGUGCAGGUGCCCACAUUUUUGUUCAUCAGAGACGGUGAGAUUUGCGGAAGGUACGUGGGUUCGGGUAAGGGGGAGCUUAUUGGUGAGAUCCUUCGAUACCAAGGAGUUCGUGUAACAUAGAAUCAAUUAAUUCUGUCACGAUGAAUAGCGAAAUUAUCUCUUCCUACUCUUUUUAUUUAGGAUAUAUAGCUAUAUCUAUAUUAUAUCUAUAUAUAGUCACUUAAAACCAAGUGAGGCAAAGUGGAUUUGGUUGUGCAAAUCUUGAUGAUUGUAUUACUUUAUAAAUGAAAUUGGAUAUGACUAAAGAUUAAAAUGAAAAA